AUGCUACGAAGAUCCCACAAAAAGUCCCGCAAGGGUGCAAAAUGUGAGGAAUGCCGCCGGCGGCACAUUCGGUGUGAUCAACAGAAACCGUCUUGCGUCAACUGCUCACAGGCAGACCGAACGUGCGUCUAUAGGAGUCCGGCACCACGUCCCGAUUCCAACUCGCCAUCCUCUCACCGGGAUCAAGAUGAGGUGGUGUCGGGGGCCGAUUCCUCAUCACCAGCAACUCCCGGUGCUCAAUCGGUACAGAGUUCCAACGCCGAAGAUGGUAUCGCUGCCUACGACAGUAGUAAUAUUAGCCAUGGUAGUGCCAUGAACAGCAUUGUCAACAUUACCCAUCUGGAACUUUUCCAUGACUUCGGCGAGAGCUCUGGCCCUCUCUUCGUUGGAGACGAUCCCGAAUUGCUCAACAAGUACGUCAAGAACUACUUCUCAGCUGGCUUGACCGAGACGUACCUGGUGCAUCAAAUGCUCGCCUUUGCCGCAAAACACAAGAGCCGCACGGGGCCAGAGUCGCAGGCCAAGUUUUAUGAAGACCAGGCCACUCUGUUGCAGACGCAAGCCUUGACACUGUUCUCAGCGUCGCUCCAGAAACCCAAGUCGAGCACUUCUGCCAUUGCCUCGAUGCGCUUCUCUAGCCUCCUGGGGACGCAUCUUCUUUGUGACACUCUGGCAAAACGCCAUGUGGAUCUGGACUCUUUUAUGAUCCAUUUCGACGAAUACAUGAAGAUCCACCGGGGUGUUCGACCGAUAUUUGAUCAAUACCGAGAAUACUUGCUCACUUCGGAGCUGAGACCAAUACUGGUUUGGGGAUGGAAAAUAGUCCAGGCCAAAGACGAAGGAGGACCCGAAUGCGAGCCUCUUCGAGAAAUGCUUUCCGACGGACACCUAGACAGCACCACCAUCGCCGCCUACACUCACGCUAUUGAUAUGCUGCAGAGAAUCAUUAAUGAUUACAAGAGCCGCCCAACCUUUCCCGGACCGGCGCCGUGGACAACUGUCUGGCUCAAUGGUGUCAAGGUCGAGUACACGGAACUAUUGCGUGCGCGCAAGCCCGAAGCCAUGGCCAUCUUUGCGUACUACGGCGCCAUGAUCCAUUCGCAUCAUCGGGGCUUGUGGCUCGUGGGUGAGAGCGGAAAGCACAUCAUUGAGCUCGCUACCAAGUCACUCGGACCAGAGUGGGCACCUCGAUUGAGAUGGCCGUUGGAGAUUUUGGAGGCAGCACGAGAUUCAUGA